GCCUUAUCAGCGGCGCAGCUCAAGGACUACGUGGACCAGGUGCAGUCGGACCUUCUGGGCGAGAUCCAGAACAUUCAGGCGUCUGUCAGCUCGCAGCUGGGCGAGGUUGGCAAGAAGGUGGCAGCUUCUUGCGGGUCGAUCACGCACACGCUCGAGGCCAGGCUCACCCCGAUGCAGAACUCGAUCAAUAACCACACCGAGCGGAUCCAGUCCCUGGAGACCGACGUCAAACGCCUACGUGACCUACUUCAUGAUGCGAAGAGCUCGACUCCUGCGCCCGUCCUUCGUGCGACUGGAGGUGGUGCUGGAUUCAACCGUGACAUCGACCCGUGCAUCAUCGUGGCCAGGUGCAAGCACCAGACCAGCAUGUCCGAGGUCAAGACCGCGCUCACGCCUUGGUUCCAGGAGGGCUCGAUCCCCGAUGGCGAAUGGGCUUUGGAGGGCGACCCGACCAGCAAGCGAUUUACCGUGCGAUUGGCUGGCGCCGUGGGCUUUGCCAGUCGACGUGUACAGCAUCUUCUCACUCUUCUUCGGCCGACGAGCCCACAGGGCCAAUGGCGGCGCUUUACAGCUCCCGCUGUCAGUGGCGAAGUGGCAGAAGUAUAUGUUGGCCCCGACAAGAACCCCGCGAUGGUGCAGAAAGAAAUGGCGUGUAAGACCGUCAAGCGCAUCCUCACCGACGCGUACCCUCACAAUGUCUUCUACGUGGACAAACUCAAAGGCUCGGUCAGCACGAACUGGAAGCCGCUUGUGCAUGUGCAGCCGCAGGCGGACCAGGAGACCCCUACCGUGCUCUUCGCGGAGCAGAACUUGGUGGCUGAGAACAUCGAGAGAGCCCGCAUCGAGCAGCCCAUCAAGAUGGAAGUGCUAGGCAGGCUGACGGAGCUCCAAGUGGAAGACCCCACACACUACCACCCAGGCACUAAGUUCCUCUCGUUCAUAGAUAGGAUUUGGGUUUCGCUUCCUGGAUGGGUGCUUUCGCAGUACUCCAAGGGCGGGGAGGUGGUCGGGUUCCCUGAGGUCCUCCAGGCGAAAGGGGUUUCAGACCAUGCUGCUGUCUCGGCUUGCCUCCAGGUGCGUGCUCCCCCGAGGCCCGAGGAUAGGCCCAUGCCCAAGGACAUUUUCUUCUCAGAUGAAUACAGCGAGUUCCUGACUUUGGCUAUUGAGGCUGAGCCAGCUGAACAUCUUCCCCCUGGACGUUUACACCAGUAUUACAAAACUCUGAUGAUUGAGGCGGCCCGAUAUGCGAGGUCGGCGAUCAUUUUCAGGAAACCGAGGUCCCUGGCCGCUCGUUUCAUGGUGCUCAGGAGCAUCGCCCGUGCCGUGUUCCGCCAAGACGUGCAGCUGGCCCUCAAGCUUCGCAGGUCUCACCCCCUGGCUCGCGAGAUGGUCUCAGUCGAUGCUGAGCAGUCCGAGGUCACCCUUUCUGACCCAGAUCGGUUCACUGUUAUGUCGAAUCAGGUGCACAGCGAAGUGGCGACCCGUCAGAGGCACCGCGUUGCCCGAGCAGCUGAGCAGCAGACCAAUGAGCAGAAGGAGCGGAGGAUGAGGGAGAGGCUGAAGAGGAUGGCUAAGGUGGAGCAGCUGCGGAGCCCAUUCGAUAGGAGGGUGUACUUGACGGGGGUGAAGGAUCAGGAGGGAAACGUUCACAACACGCCGUCGGAGAUAAACCAGCAGCUGAAGCAACACUGGGGCCAGGUGUUUACAGGGCCUGACCAACUCCCCUAUGCAGCGUGGCAGCGCGCACCGCACGGCGUUGAGAUUUUGUUCAACAGCAUGCAGCAUAUGCUGGCAGGCAAUGUCCUCACGGAGGACUAUAACUUCUUGCUGGGCGUUUUCGCCCCCAAGGGUGAGGAGGCCAACGACGUUUCUGGUGCGAUCCGCACCCCGGCUGAAACCAGACCCCUGGGACUGAAAAGCAGUGAUAACAAGAUCAUCACGGGGGCGGUGUUUGCGUCGUUUAACCGAAGGCUCCCGCAGGGGCUCGACACGAUCCAGAAGGGGUUCGUCCAAGGGCGGAACUUUGGGAACAAUAUCAUCGACCUCGACGCCUCGGCUCGGGUCUUUGGCCUCCAGAACCCCCAGAACCAGCCUGUACUAGGAUGCUACGAUUUCGGCCAAGCCUUCCCGUCCGUGUCCCAGGAGUGGAUCCUAGAGGCGACUAACUCGAUAGAUAUGCCUGACCCGCUCAAGUUCUACAUAUCCUUACUAUAUAUCAAUGUUAUGUGCUUUGGGGCCCUUGCUGGCCAAGUUCUGGAGCUCUUCCUGGUGACUAGUGGCAUUAUUCAGGGCUGUCCUGGAUCUGGUUCUUUGUUUUCGGUUGCCGUGGACCCGUUCCUCCAAAAGUUCAGGGCCAUCACAGACGCCCGUAAUAAAGGUCGUACCCGAGCCUGUGCAGACGACAUAGGCAUGACGCUCCGCGAUCUCCGACACCUUCGGCGAAUUCACACCGUGUUUAAGGAAGCUGAAGCGAUUGCCCGACUGAAGCUGAAACCCGCGAAGUGCGUUUUGGUCCCCUUGGGCUCGGUCUUCACGGACGUCUUAGCGGCGAGGAUCAAAAACUGGCUCAGGCAGAACAUCCCCGACUGGAGCGACUUUCGGGUGGCAUCGUUGGCCAAAUACCUUGGCCUCUGGAUAGGCCCGUCUGCAGAAUACGACUCUUGGGCUUCGCCUCAGCUGAAGUAUUAUCAUAGGUGCAGUGGAGUUGCCCGUUUGGGCGCGAGUACCGAGGUCUCUGCUAGGACGUACAACAGGCGCUGUGUGACGGUGCUGUCGUACGUUGCCCAGUAUUUGCACCUGCCGCCUGCCCUCCUCGGGAAAGAGUUCGUGCAAUUAUCCAAGAUAUUCCAUAUGCCUCACAGUCGCCUUAAACACUCUGAUUGGCUGAACUUGGAGAAGAGCGGCGGCCCGAAGCUUACCAGCAUGUUGGCGCUCAGUUUAGCUUCGCUCAUGCGAGCGAGCCUGUACACGUUCGACGCCUGGCGCCCCGCCAUGCAGGAGCUACGGGAAACUGCAGAUAUGUGUCUUCCGCUUCCUGAGGUUUUCAGAGGCCGUCUGUCUCCCGACUUCUGGAAGUCCCCGCCGAUAGCCCUCGCCCUCGAGCAGGCCUCAAAAGGUUUCCCAGCGCACCCGAAGUUUGGUCCGCCUUGUCAGGUAGCCCUGGGGACUUUGAAGCAAGCUCGUCGGGAUCGCCCAGAGGUUCCUGAUAAAGCUCUGCACCCCCAGCGGAUAUUGUACCGCGCCAUCUGUGAGAGGCUGUACCCAGACUCGCUCCACCUCACCUUCGAGAAGCGUCUCAGAAAAUG